CUUAGUAUUUUAACUCAUUCAACUUUCUUAUAACAUAUGCAAUAUAUUUUAUUUAAAACUGUCAUAAUUGUGUUUCGCAACAUUUGCAAUACCUAAAAUAAAAUGGAGGAACCAAGCGAGGAAUUUCUAGAUCGUCAUUUCAAUCAACAACUCAUCGAUUUUCACUGUAUUUUUAAUAAAACCGCCUCCGAGUCAGACCAAACAAUCGCAAGCUGUUGGAUACAGAUCUUUAAGAUGGCUCCCAGAGAUCAGAAACUAUCCAGGAAUUGCCUAACACUUUUGAUGUAUGGACAUUUGAAUGAUUUUGGACACCUUCAAUACCCAUUUACUGAUUUGCGCAAUUGUGCAAAGGACUUAAAUGAUGUGUUAAAUGGAUACAACGGCUUUCCCAAACAAAAGCUAGUCAAUAUGCGGCAAGAGGAGACUGUCGAGUCUUUAUCGACAGAUAAGUUCAGUCUGGCUAGCACUGUUUCAAUGAAUAGCUCUUCAUCAUCUCAUUUAGCGCUUGCGACGACAGCGACUUACACUAGAUUGCCAAAAAAAUCCUCUAAGGAGGAAUCGAAUAUAUUUAGAUUCGUUUCAAUGGCUGAAACAACUACGGAUACCUACGACUCACAUGAGUGUUAUAAGAGUAUGAAAAACGAUGAAAACCAUCCAAGACAGAAUAAACAAGAUGAGGUUAAUAUAAGUAGCAUAUUAACGAAUAGAUGCGUAUUUUCCAAUCCUUGCGCAAAUUCGCAAAGAAUACGUAACCCAAAUAUUUAUGAAAAUUAUGAGCUUCCUGGUAUUUCAAAUGUCCCGAAUAAUUUGCAAAAGAAACCAUCUAUUGAAAAUGGCGAGGUACGAAAACGGUCUAAAAGACUCCGAGGAUUGUGCAUUGACGCUUUUCUUGCAAUACGCCGUUUGCGGCUUAGUCGCAGAUACUUCAGAGGACAGUUUUAUCUAAUUCUAUUGCUUUACGGCACAAGUAGCUGGUAUUCGUAUCGACGCAUUCUGCUUAUAAACUUUGUGCCCUUACAAUUGAUUAACAUGAUGAUAAUGCAUGACAUUUUGGAUGCGAAGCGUAGGCUCAUUCUUCUCCUGCUUCGAUUUUCCUGUAAUGUGCGCCUUGGUAAGCUUAAUACCGAUGUAAAAUUCUAUCAAGCACCCAAGGUAAAGCUGCAACAGAUGUUGGCAAUCCUUGAGAGAAAGUAUCGUGAUAUGACGAAUGCUUUGUUACGCAAAUGUUCUAAUCUUCUUUGUAGAAUAAAAUGAAGUCGAGGAUAAUUUUCAACAUUGUAUUUCCUUUGCCCACAUUGCAGCAGAUGUAAUAACAUUAACGCGCCAGCUGUUCAUUAAUUAAUUUAAACAGUGCGCUUAAUUAAAUUUCAACCAGGUUGAAACAACAAUGGGAAAAGCGGAAAAAGCCAGUUGUGCUGGGCGAACAAGAAGAAAAAAUAAAU